AUGUACAACCAUACCGACCAAAAGCCAGGCGUUGAGGAUCCGAAUGGAAAACAAGAGCCGACCUAUCCCAUCGCCGGAUCAUCCACAUCCACCGGCCAUCCGCACCCAGCCCGCCAACCAGCGCAGCUCCAGUCGAUCCUUUCGAAGCAGCUGGGCCCCGAGUAUCUCUCGAACCGACCAGGCGCGGGCGGGUGCAAGCUGACAUACAUCGAGGGCUGGCGGGUGAUUGCGUUAGCGAACGAGGUGUUCGGGUUUGACGGAUGGUCGUCCGAGACGAAAUCCAUCGAGGUCGACUUCGUAGACCAGACCGCCGACGGCAGGUUCAAUGUCGGCGUCUCUGCCACCGUCAGGAUCUCCCUCAGAAACGGCGGCUCCCAUGAGGACGUCGGCUACGGCAAACUCGAGAAUUCCAAGAGCAAGGCUGACGCCCUCGAUAAGUGUAAAAAGGAAGCCGUCACGGACGCCUUGAAACGUACCCUUAGAACUUUCGGCAACUUAAUGGGUAAUUGUUUGUAUGAUAAAACUUACCUCAAUAAUAUCAAAACUAUGCAAGCACAAAAGGAGAAAUUUAUGCCCUCAAAACUCUAUCGACCUGAACAUGUUGGCAACACUAGAACCUCGUCCGCACAAUCGGAGUCUUUCAAGCCGUCCGAGAAUCAGUCGGCAUCUGAAGAGGAGAAAGUGCCACAGAAGCCUAGUCGACCAGCCCAACCACUCAUCAAACCGGCCGCUCAAGUUGCUUCGAAACCGACCGCCCCGAUUUCAUAUAAAGCGGCCGCCCCGAUUCCGCCCAAAAAACCACUAGCUGCUCCCCCUCCUCGGCCUGCCCUCCAAGUUUCAGCCGACAAGAAGAAUCCACCAACGGCUCCUUCGAGACCACUAGCCGACAAACGAAAGCUGCCAGAGGAUGAGCCAGCAGAAGAGGAAGAAGGCGGCGGAGGAGGAGAAGAAUCAGAGAUGGGAGAUGAAGAGACGCGGCUAGCCCCGCCCCCUCCGACGCUUUCGGACAAGUAUUUCGAGUUCGACGAGGCCGACUUGGCCGAGCUCGACCAGGCCGAGUCGAUCGAUCUCGUGCUCUGUGCCGUCCAGCAACAGCCCCAGCCCGAGGGGGGCUCGCCGGACGAGAGCGGGCUGAUUACGGACACCAGUCUCCAGACCGAUGCAGACACCAGCACCGCGGUCGUCAGCCGGCCCCACCAGACCCGGCCCUUCCAGCCCCCCUCCAACAAGAUCCUUCCCUCCCAUGUCAAUCGUCCCGCUCCCCCCAAGCCUUCCUAUCCUCCUAAAAAUACCAUCCUUAAUCCCGGCCAGCUUCCGGCUGUCAAGGCCCCUAUUCAGUCCGCUAUCCGCUACCCCACCGCCCCCAUCCAACGGAAACCUUCCCUGCUUAACCCCCACCAUAAUCACCCCACCAUUAACAAUAAUAAUCGCCCCGCCAAAAAAGUCCGGACCGCUGACUAG